AGAUCAAGACAUGGACGAACCAGAUGAAGAGGAGCCCGAACGGCCUUCUAUCGGUGGCUCGGGCUUUGGCGCUGGACUGGGCUUCAAUUCGGGGAGUUCGGGUCUCGGUGCCAACGCGAAUGGGGCUUGUAAUGAAGAGGAAGAGGAAGAGGAAGACUCAAGACCUGCCUUUGGCGGGCUCGGGUUCGGUGGCACAAGAGCCCACAUGGCAGGAUUUGGACUCGGGUUGAACAAAGCUUCCGACGAUAAUGAAGACGAAGGCGCCAUCUGAGAUAUUUUGGGCGCACUAUUCGAUUUCCACCUGAUGAUAUCCCUUCUCAAAAAGAAGUGCAAUGAGCUGGUUUGAAGAGAUCUAUGAGCUGCCAUGUUACAACACGGCACGCAAAUCAUUUCGAUGAAGCUUCACAGUGGAUCGUGGUGACCUCUGGCUCUAGACCAUGGACUGCUUAUGCAGCAGCUGUAGCGGCUUUUCGUUGGACUUACCGUGCACAAUUCUCGAGAUCAGAACUGUGGCUAGCUGUAAGCCUGAGCAGACAAAAGCGAAUGGGACAUGCAGGUGCGCUCCGCGUGGGUCUCCAGACGCAGCCAGUAGUAUAGUCAGAGACAUUAGCUGUCACGAGAUCCAUGUUUGACGUAACUGGCACUGCGAUAUAAUGUAGUGCCAUCUCAGUGCAACUUAUUGAACCAUGUUGCUUGAGUGAUGUAGUCGUAUCAGCAGCCGGCUGUGGUAUUUACAGAGUCGAAAUUCCCUU